CAAGUCCGUAGUUCUUUAGUCAAAGCAACAUGUCUGCGCCCUAUGGACAAUGUGGAAGUAAACAAUCAUGACGACUCAAAUAACCUUCCACAUAAAAUAGCCCAUUCGGAUCGCUUUUAUCAUCAGUGGGUUGUAAUAACCGUUAACAAUGGCGUUACGUUUUAGCGGCAUCAUUUUUAGAAAUGUCUUGCGGUGUUCUGUUAAAGUACACAAAGCUGCGCCAGUUGAAAAUGCGUCAUGGUUUCUGAACACAGGUGGUGGUUUCGGCUGCUUGAGGACCAGUGGACAAAUCUGUCUUCACUUCACUCCCGUCUGUUUUAUUGCAUCGGAGGCGGUUUCGGGAAUGCUGGUACAAGGCAAAGCAGUAGAAACACAUGACAGCUUUUGUCACCGUCCAGCCUCGGUUCCGCCUAACAACGCUGAGCAAAAGACUUUGCUGGUUAACCGUCCGGAUCAACCUGAAAACUCAAAGAUAUUGAAAGUGGCCAUCAUUGGUGCCCCAAAUGCAGGGAAAUCAACUUUGUCCAAUCAGCUCCUUGGAAGAAAAGUGUUUGCUGUAUCAAAGAAAGUGCAUACAACUAGGUCUCGUGCUGAAGGUGUCCUCACAGAAGAUAACACCCAAAUUGUUUUACUAGAUACUCCUGGUCUCACGACCCCUUCGAAAGUGAAAAGGCACCAGCUGGAGAGGACUCUCCUUGUGGAUCCUUGGAAUUCAGUUCAGGAGGCUGACCUAGUGGUAGUCCUUGUGGAUGUGUCUGACAAGUGGGCCUGCAAUAAACUGGACUUUGAGGUCCUGAAAUGUUUGGCUCAGAAUUCGAACAUCCCAGCGGUCCUCGUCCUAAAUAAGGUAGAUCGGUUGAAGGCUAAACAUAAGCUGCUGGACAUCACCUCCAGCCUGACGGAAGGAGUGGUCGAUGGGCGGAAGAUAAGAGUCAGUUCGGCCUUCAGGGAACUCCCUGAGAGGCGGGGCCUAAACUCGAAGGCGGCCGCAGCCGGAGUGGACGCGGGUGCGCAGGAGUCCGCGGACCCCUCCCCCCAGGGUCCCGCCGACCUCCCUCAGGCUGUCACCGCCGGCGACGGGAAUCCAAAGCUGAGCAAAGAGGAGCUGGGGCAGCUGAAAUCCAGGCACGGCUGGCCCCACUUUCGGGACGUGUUCAUGCUCUCUGCCGUGGACGCUGAGGAGGUGGAAGCUCUGAAGAGGUAUCUGGUGCUAGGGGCCAAGCCGGGGUCGUGGCAUUACCACAGCGGAGUGCUGACUGACCAGAGUCCAGAGGACAUCUGCACCAACGCCGUGAGGGAGAAGCUUCUGGAAUAUCUUCCCCAGGAGGUGCCCUACAAUGUCUCUCAGAUUAUUGAAAUGUGGCAAGAGGGAGAGAAUGGGCAGCUGGACAUAUCGCUGAAGCUGUAUGUGAAGAAGGAGGGUCACAUGAAAAUGCUGAUUGGACAAGCUGGUCAGGUGAUUGCUAGGAUUGCCGGGGAGGCAGGGGAAGAUCUGGCCAAUGUUUUCCUGUGUGAUGUCAGGCUGAAGAUAACCGUGAAGGUCAAAAAAUAAGAGCGGGGUGGGGUGCUGGAGGACCCCUUGUUUUUUUUGAUGAGCUGUUUUUUUUGGCACUUUUGAGACUUCUUGUGACAAGCCAUCACUGAAGGACACCCUCAUUAAUAUGGACUUAACAGAGCAGCCUCUGUGUGUAUUCAUAUGCGUGCAUGUGUGUGUGUGUGUGCGCAUAUGCCUACGUGCACAUGUGACUGUGUGAGUGUGCACUCACUGGAGAGGUGAAGGUGUGAAUAUUAGAUAUCAUCCAGUAUCAGCCUCACCAUACGCAGCUGACCAGCCCCCCCCCCCACUCAUUAUGACUCGGCUUAUGAAUUUAAUUUGUGUGAAAAAGUCGGGAAAAUGGACCUUAUAUAAAAAUGAAUCAGGAAAGUAAGAUGAUGCAACUUUACGGUGGAUCUUAUGUAUGAACACUAAGCUCCUGAAGGGGAGGAGUUGCAGGGCGAGAGGACAGUGGCAGCAAGAGUAAGGGUGUGAGAGGCGAGGGGCAGGGGUUGGUUGAGCUUUUGAAAAAGGUCAUUUUUUAUCUGUCCCUCUGCAGCCCUUGGAAUCAGCCUCUCACCGUUGGCCUUCUGCUAACCUGAGUGCCAGAAGAUAAAUAUACUGGUUCAGGCACAGUCAUGCAUGGGGAUCAUUUCUCUCCCCUUCCCCCUCUUUCCAUCCCUCCCUCUCUCUCUCUCUCAGUAUCUGUCUCUCUCUCUUUCCCUACCCACCCCCCAUCCCAAAGCUAAACUGUAAACACUCUGGCCCAGAGAACUAAAUUACCUCCUUAAUGGAACGCAACCUCCCCCACAAAAUGGGUCAGAUAAUACAGAUCAGAGCCACUUUUGUCCUUUAGAGUUUAUGGAGGCUUGAUCAAGGCCAUCUUGAUGAAUAACUGGAGCAGGCAGCCCAAAGCCAGAGUACAGGGCUGUUACUGCUUUCUAAGCAAGCCAGUGUCAUUCCAGUUCAUUCAGUUGAGUAGAAGUGGCCAUUUUGUUUGAAUAACCAAAUGGUUCACUUAAGGCCUUGGCAGAAGCUAGGCCUCAGUCUCCUCAGGGGACAUGGAUUACAAGUUUAAGUCUUGAAAGCCACCAUCCAAAUCCGAUGAUCUUGUGAUAUAAAUGGAAAAUUACAGUAUCUAUGGUAACACAUUUCAGUCUGAAUGCCUGUAAUAUAAGCAACUAAUAAAGUUUUUUAUUUUAAAAAAAGCUGAUUUUUUUUAUUCUAACAAAACCCAUUAUUAAGUUGAAACACAAUAAAUAUUAUAAAUAUUACUGUUAUAUUGACAUCAUUUGGGGGAUUUAGCUUUCAUCCUAUCCGUGACCUGGAUUCCUGUAUUUAUUUAUAUUUUCCUUAUUGGACAUUAUUACACAGGAAUGAAUGGUGAGUGAGGGAGAUAGUGCUAUGAAAUCCAGCUCCCUGUGUUUUUCCACAGGUUUUGAAAUUGUGCAUAACAGGAUAAGAGCGUAUCUUUUAUCUUUAUGAAUGUAUAUGGCAGAUAAAUGCCGUUGGGUUCCACCAUCCUCACCAUACAAAUUCCUGCUCUUAAGAAACUGAUCAGGUCUGUUUACCGGAAAGAAAUGUGUAUGCAUUCAGACCACGGCUAUCUCAGACGGCCAGUUCAGCGAAACGUGUACUGCAGGGAACGUUCCAGUGAUCCUCGUCUAAUUUUAAUCGAUGCUCGUACUUUGUGUCCUAAAGACACGUUUUAAUUAAAAGCUAAGUAUUAAAAAAAAAAAAAGAAUUCUGAUAACUGACGUUUCUAAAACCAGCCAAAAUUCAAGACACAGCUUCCAAGUGAUUUCUACAUCUGCCUUUUAUUUUAAUGUAUGCAUAAGCUUUUGUCAUGACGCUGUAAAGAACAUUGGAGAUGAACCUUAAGCCCCAUUCAUGUACCGCUCCCACAUGAGUGAGUCACUGCGGUCAUUAUUUCCUCCAAACAUGCCUCCAGGCAAGUGGCCGAGGAUUUUAUAGGUUUAAUGACCUCUCAUUGCUUAAGCCUUGCCCCUCCAUAAACAUACUAAUGUAUAAUACACUUAGACAUUUCCUACUCGCAAUACUGUCCAGUGUGUGCACUGCACUGUGUCCAGAAUUCAUUAGUCGGUGAAUGAGUAAUACACGUAUUUAUGUAUUAAUAUAUGUAUAUGAGUAAUAUACGUAUUUUUGUUCUUGCAUUGCUCUGUGAAGUGUAUCUUUUGACAAGCACCAAGCCCUUUUUAUUUGUUACAUUAUACAAGCUCACAAUAGAUCAUACUGUCAGCUCUGUAGUUUGUGUAUGGGCCAAAGUCACAGCAGUUACAGUAAAAAAAA